GUCGCAUCUAAUCAGCUGUAACGGUACAAGAUGGCGCCAGCUUCCUGAUAACUCGUGCGAUUACCGCGGCACGGUGUAAAUUAUUGGACGGUGCUGUCGAAUAAAACUAAUAAAAAUGCGUUUCACGACAAUAUUAUUUCGUAACGCCAGGCGACCCCAGAACGAGCAGGCCGUACCGAUCAAACCGAAAAUGCCAUUAAUAUUGAAGAACCGUGUGGCGCCUACAUCGCAGAGAGGAAUAGAAAAUGGAUGCUUGCACGAGAUGUCCCUGCUUCUCAACUGUCUCCAGGAGAAUGCGUUCGAGGACAAGAAGUGCAUCCCGCAACUCAGUGGACUAGAAAAAUGCUACGCGACCUACACAAAGAACAUGGAGCGUUUGCACGGACAGUACGAGGAGGUAAAGCCCGUGCCCAACAGUAAGAAUUGUACGCAUAAGCAAAUCACGUAUCUUCUGCGACAAUAUCCAACAGUGUAGCACUUUCGCUGUUAAUGUAUUAAUUUAUUAAUAUGCACUGUAAAAAUAAUUAUUAUUAUUAUCAUGUGUAAGAUAAGUGCAUAAAUACAUCUGUAAAUAUUUAUAGAAAUUUACAAUCAUGUCAUCUUUAUUUGAAUUACAAAUGUUUUAGUUUCCUAAGAA